UAAUACGAUACAUAACACUGACUUUGCAAAUAUAGAGCUUCGCAACCGUAGGAAAGGACACAUCGUAUCGCGGUGUCAAAGUGCAAGGCUUCCUCCUUUGGUGCUUGGUUUCAUAACUCACGUUGAAAGGAAAUUAAAGAAGCACAACUCACGGAAGUAAGCUCUCGACAAGCCAAGGUUUACGUACACAAAACACAAAGAAUCGCGAAUGGAAAUUCAGUAGGAAAUGAAGAUUUGAUAGUCGCUUCAUUUUCGUCUCAACAAUAUCUCAACGAAGAGGCACUGAAACCCUAACUGUCAUUUAUCACUGAAGAUAUUUCAUCGACGGAUUUCACAAUGGUUGAUGUUUCAAAGCGGCUGAGUGGCUCGCCUAAAAUUCAACCAAAACCCAUUCGUAUGAAGAAAUGGAUGUCCGAACCAAAUAUUUUGCAAGGUGAUGAUGAAGACGAUUGGAUAAAAGAGAAAGAUAAUAUGGAAGAGAAAGGAGUCUCAUUCUCUGAUGAAGUCCCAGAACCUUCUCAAUUGGUUCAUAUAAAUAAACAGCGAGUACAGCUCAGACCAAAACGUCGUCUUCCGUCGCGAGAUUUUGUGAAAUCUCGAGCUAGCAUGGACUUUGAUAUCGCUUUUCCUGAAGAAAUCAAAGAGGAGGAAGAGGAUAGCGAGGAUGAUGAGAUUACGGAGAAUGUAAACACCUCAGAGGUGCACACCUCAGCACGACCCACACCUCCAAUUCCCGCACCUAAACCUACACCAGAACGUAAUGGAUGGAAGUUACCAACUCCUGCAUCUGGAGUGGUUUUGAGAAAAACAAAUCAAGAAAUAGCCGAGGAUGUGAAAUCAGACGAAGUCGAGGAAAUUAGGAAGAAUGGAAAUGACAUUACACCACAAUCUUCGCCGGAAAAGAAACACAAAGAACAGAAAAGAAUCAAACAUUUAUUUAAAUUCCGUCGAAGCCGUAAAGAAAAAAUAAGAAGACAAACGUCGGAUGGAGAAAUUGAAGGAAAAACUAAUUUGACCGAAACUUAUUCGAUGUCGGUAGAUUCCGGAUUGCGACCUCUCGGCGAAGAGUCACGACGACGUAAGCCGAAUAGACGUUCGGCUAAGUCGGACAGAAAAGGACUGAACUGGCUUUUGGGACUUUUUCAUAAAAAGAGUAGUCAUUCGGAUACAAAGGACACGAAAGAUACCGAAAACAUUCCGGGAGAUAACGAGGACACGUCAAAGGAUACCGAAGAACUACCGACAGAGCACGUCAUUGGCAGCCAGAGCGAUGGAAAUUCCAAUGGGGAUGCAAUUGCAACUGAAACUGUACCAGAAGAUGAGUUGAAAAACGGUCAUACGUCAUCACAUAAAGACCAGGAAAACCCAGAGACUGUGUCAGAUUUGAGACAAAAAUUUGAAAGACUUUCAGUAGCUUUCUAGCAUUUAAACUCAAGCAAUUACAAAAUAACGCGUUGAGACAUGGAAGAACAAGAGUUGCUUCAAUGACGCAUACAGAAACAUGGUGUUUAAAAAUCGCUUAAACGAUUUAGCCGAAAACGAAACAUAAUAUCAUAUCUGAUAAAAUAUUUUUAUGCUAUUAUACCCAGUCGAAGUUCUGAUAUACAAAUGAAAUACUGGGCAUGAAGAUUCAGUUCAGUUCAGUUUAGUUCGUAUGAAUAAAAAACAUAAUUAUCUCCGUGAAUAUAUACAGGGGGGAGCCACCGUAGAAAAAAAUAUGAAAUAUCACCUUUUGAUAAAUAUAUCUUUG